GGGGGAGGGAGGACACCAGGAGACGGUCAGCAGGCUGCGGCCGCCAUUGUCUGUCAGCGCAAUGGUUGAGUCCGCAAAGCUAUAGUUAAACAACAUCAACCACUACGACUGUACGCUAUCUCUAUCGUGUCGUGUUCCCGAAUGAACGUGACGGGCUCGACGGUGUUGUGGGUCCCGCCUCGGCUCGGAGCGGUGCUUCUUCGAGUUCUCGUUUCUUUCCCCGUCGCUCUUACUCCAUCGCGCCCUACUAAUGGGCGCCCUGAAACCGACCAAGAGGAAGAUGGGGAAGGGAGGGCUGGUCGCGGGGAGUUUGAAACCGCCUCCUUUUUUUUUUAUCAACAUAUUUGCCACUAGAUUGUGGAGCGGUUCACUUCAAACGAAACACGUUGAUUCGCAUCAUAAAUAAACCGGUAUACGACCCGCCGCUGAGCGUAGUAAACACGGGGUAGGACGGUUGUACCGCCAUCAUGGUUCCCACCCGUCCUGUCGGAGAGGCCGACCCCCACCCCGUCCCGUCCUGCGGGUCUGAAUGAGUCCACUUUAGUUCUUUCUGAUGCUAAUCCGUGUCCCACUCAGACACAGUAUACAUUAUGCACGACAACAGUCGGCCUACCUCGGCCAUUGUACCGAGAGAUCAGGAGAUUGGACUGCUGUUUACAAAGAGCAAGUGGUAAAGACGGAGCGGUCAGCAUGUCGUCAUUAGCUCAUACAUAUCUUUUUGCACAUAAUGCGACCACCUGGUGUAACGUGGGUGUUUAAGAUAUUAGCGUGUGUUCCGUCUGUCAUUGUAGCUGUGAGGUUGGUGGAACGAAUCUGCAGCUAAACGCAGGGGCCGCCGCACUAUCAGGGGAAACGUAGUCAGUGUGUGUGUGUGUGUGUGUGUGUGUGUGUGUGUGUGUGUGUGUGUGCGUGUGUGUGCGUGUGUGUUGCUCUUGCGAAAGUCCAAGGAUGAUUCUCUGCGUGAAUCGCCUCAUAUGCGUGCUGUCGCCAGUGCGCAUCUAUUUUAACCCGCGUGGCGGUGGGGAGUCGCCUUGAAACCGCCACCCCCUCUAAAAUUCCCACUGCUUGUUUUGAUCGCUUGUUCCUGAAGGAAGAGGGGACCUUGAAACGGCUCAGCCCCCUCGGACCCUAAUUGGUUUUAUAGAACUGGCGAGAAGCCAAACUGUUUACAUCGCGUUGAAGGACACUUCGGGCAGCCAAUCGGAUGUGCCGCUGCUGAGCGUGUCGGGCUGGGUGGGUGGGGGGGGGCGGGCCUUGUAAAACAAUGCUCGCUUCAUUGCUGAGGAGUUUACCGACGCGAGAGGGGCGCUAUCCCCCCGCAGUUACCUCCGGACAGCCCGUAAUGGACUGCCCCACUCCGGUCACCAGCCGCUCGGAUUUUGAGAACCAUUGCCAUAUUUUCCAGCUCAGAGUUUCCCAUUCACGUCAGCAGGAUGGCUGAGAAGGAUCCAGUAUCGCCUGGAAAGCUAAAGACAAUAUUAUAGCAAAAAUCGUUUUUUUUCGGAAUAUCCGAAGGGACUAUUUUUUCCCCCUUUCCCCCUGCUGUGGAUAAUGGAUGGCCGAGAUUUUGGGUCUCCCCGAUCCGUCCAUGUCCCUCCUCCGCUGCUGGCGGGACUCGCUAUGGAGGCUCAGCGGCUCGGAGCCGCAGCAGCGGCCGGGAGGAUCGCUCCCUCGCCCGGGCAUUUGGGCACGAGUCAUCCGCCGCCUUUACACUCCGGGAAAUUUAUGCCAUCGCCUCUAAACAUUCAUCCCCACCACAG